AUGGCUACACAGACCGAGACAAAGAACAACUCGUUCAUCCUCGCCGGCGAGAAAUCCGUCAAGUUCGAAGACCGGCCCAUCCCCUCCAUCUCAGACCCGCACGACGUCCUCCUGCAAGUCAACUACACGGGCAUCUGCGGCUCCGACAUCCACUACUGGCAGCACGGCCGCAUCGGCCACUACGUCGUCAAAGACCCCAUGGUGCUGGGCCACGAGAGCAGCGGCACCGUCGUGGCCGUGGGCGACCAAGUCACCACGUUGAAAAAGGGGGACCGCGUCGCCAUGGAGCCCGGCGUCUGCUGCCGCCGCUGCGUGCGCUGCAAGGAAGGGCUGUACAAUCUGUGUCUGGACAUGAAGUUUGCCGCCACCCCGCCGUACGACGGCACGCUGGCCAAGUACUACGUGCUGCCGGAGGAUUUCUGCUACCGGCUGCCCGACCACGUGAGUCUGCAGGAGGGCGCGCUGAUGGAGCCGCUGGCGGUGGCGGUGCAUAUCACGAAGCAGAGCCGGAUCCGGAACGGCGAUUCCGUCGUCGUCUUCGGCGCGGGUCCCGUCGGGCUGCUGUGCUGUGCGGUCGCCAAGUCGUUCGGCGCGAGCAAGGUCAUCGCGGUCGACAUCCAGCAGCCGCGGUUGGAUUUUGCGAAAGAGUUCGCCGCCACGGGGGUGUUCAUGCCGGAGAAGGUCAGCUCCCAGGAGAACGCGGAGCGGAUGGUCAAGGAGCAUGAUUUGGGACUGGGCGCCGAUGUGGCCAUUGAUGCGUCUGGCGCCGAGCCCAGCGUGCAGACGGCGAUGCAUGUCCUGAGGAACGGCGGCAGUUAUGUGCAGGGUGGCAUGGGCAGGGAUGAGUGCACGUUCCCCAUCAUGGUGGCGUGCUUGAAGGAGUUGAAGAUCAGUGGCAGUUUCAGGUACAGUGAGGGGGAUUACAGGGAUGCCGUGCAGUUGGUCGGGAGUGGGAAGAUUGAUGUCAAGAAGCUGAUUACGAGGGAGGUCGCGUUUGAGGAGGCCGAGCAGGCUUUUGAAGAUAUUAAGGCUGGGAAAGGCAUUAAGGUGUUGAUUGGGGGCCCGAAGUAG